AUGGCUGUGCAAAUCGAUGCAUCUCUGUUGACUACCAGAAGCGGCGGGCAAACGCAACGCGCUUGGGUCGUCGCACGCGGUGCGUGGGGCCAACGCAGAAACGGGCUAUACCCUCCAGGCCACCCUUUCAGAACAAGUGGUCAGUCAUUCUUCAGCCGAAAGGACUCCAUCCGAACCAUCUACACAUCUCUGCAUAAUGAGCUGAAGAAGGUGGUGGCGACGGGUCGCAAUGCACUAGGAGGAACAGCUCCUCACUUGGAAGAGCUGCUUUCUCACCUGUCUGAACAGCUCUGUUUUUUUGUUCAGGCUCGGAUGGAAAUUGCUGACUUCUAUGAAAAAAUGUACACGCUCAGCACCCAAAAGUUCAUUAACUCUGAGGAACUGGUAAACAUUUUGGAAUCCAUCUUAAAGAAAUACAGCUCAAGAUUUCAUCACCCAAUCCUCAGUCCUCUUGAAAGCAGUUUCCAACUGGAAGUAGAUGUGCUUGCACAUCUCUUAAAGGCUCAGGCUCAGAUCUCAGAGUGGAAGUUCCUUCCAUCCCUGGUCAACUUGCACAGUGCUCACACAAAACUACAGACUUGGGGCCAAAUUUUUGAGAAACAGCGAGAGACCAAGAAGCAUCUGUUUGGAGGGCAGUCUCAGAAGGCUGUACAACCUCCACACCUCUUCCUCUGGUUGAUGAAACUCAAAAACAUUCUCCUUGCCAAGUUUAGCUUUUACUUUCACGAGGCCCUCAGUCGACAAACAACAGCAUCUGAAAUGAAAACUUUGACUGCUAAAACAAAUCCUGAUUACUUUGGGAAAAUUUCCAGUUUUAUCCGGAAAUACGAUGCUGUCAAUGUUUCCCUAAUCUUUGACAAUCGUGGAUCAGAGAGUUUUCAGGGACAUGGUUAUCAUCAUCCUCAUUCUUACAGGGAAGCCCCCAAAGGAGUGGAUCAAUACCCUGCAGUGGUGUCUCUGCCCAGUGACAGGCCUGUUAUGCACUGGCCCAAUGUAAUCAUGAUUAUGACUGAUAGAACCUCUGACCUCAACAGUUUGGAGAAGGUGGUUCACUUCUAUGAUGACAAAGUCCAAAGCACAUACUUUCUGACUCGUCCUGAACCUCAUUUUACCAUUGUAGUUAUUUUUGAGUCCAAGAAGUCAGAGAGGGACUCUCAUUUUAUUUCUUUUCUCAAUGAAAUCUCUCAUUCCCUAAAGAACUCCAAAGCUUUUGCAAGUUUGAAGCCUGGAUCCAAAGGGUAAAAUACAUACUACUUGUAAGUUGUCACGGCAAUGUUCUAGCCUUGGGGGGAGCUGUAGUUUUCACGGAUUACAUAAAUUCAUGAUUCUGAGUCUAAUUAAAAAGGAACCGUUAUUUUUAAUAUGUUGUCAGUUCCUUUUUUUUUUUUUUUAAGCUAACAAGAAACUUGAAAAAAUUAUUUUGGGCACUGCUUAGUGGGACAAUUUAAUUGUGGGCUUCUAAACAGCCUCAAUGGGAUUUUUGUGUGGUUUUCAGUUCACAAUAUGAAUUAUCUUUUCAGUCCA